AUGAAUGGAUUAUCCAAGGACAUCGACAAUCGCUAUCGGUCCGGUCCAGCACCGCCCAAGCUGCUUUCAAUGGACUGUCACACAUGCAGAAAAUACCAAGAAAUCGAGCUCUUUCUUUGCUGCUGGCUCGACGGGACGCAGCCGACGGCAUACUGCUCGCUAGAAUGCCAGCAGACGGACUGGAAUCGGCACAGGGCGCUGUGCUCGCGAAAUACGCGUCCUCUCGAUCGACUGAGAAGAGAAUGCGACAAAAAAGUAGAAGAAAAUCAGCACACACUGCAGUUGCUAGAAACGGCGAAUAAAGACCUAAAUCGGAAGCAAAUGGACAUUUUAAAGCUAAAUGACUGUAUAUAUAGAAAAGACGAGAGAAUAAAAGAUCUCGAACGAAUAAACGAAAAAACAAACGCUGACAAAACCACCGCGCUAGAAUUUGCAAAAGAGCAGGAAAUCAAAAAAGAUGCCUGGAUAAAAUUAGUCAAUAGACAUGAAAAAACCAUUUCCGAGAACACCAAACUUGAAACAAAAAUCGCUGAAGAUUCCAAAAAAAUUAACGACAUGCGAAGUGGUGUAAAGAAUCUUAUGGACAGUCCUCGUCAGAACUGGUUCAGUUCUCCGAAAUUAGCGAAUUCUCGAAAGGGUUAUCUUUCCUCAAUUUACAAGAAAUCGGAGCAAUCCAGUCAGAAUAAAGUGAUCUUUGAAACCGAAAGAGCGCCAGUAGAAUCUACAGUCACCGUGAGACGCAACCAUGUCGAUCAGUUUACCGACCGAAAUUUCAUACUAAUCGAUUUCGAAGCCAUCAACAGCGAAAUCUGCGAAUUCCCGGCAAUUUGGGCACGCAACGGCGAAAUCAAAGCCGUCUUCCACGCAUACUGCCGGCCAACAAAGGCGAUCCGACCAGAUCGAUACAAUGGCUUUUACAAAGACUUUCUUGGACACAACUUGAAGUUUUAUCUGAAACAGAACUCGUUUAAAAACGUCGAGUGGCAGUUUUGCAAGUGGUGCAAGCAUCACAAACUUAUGGUGGAGACGCAGAAGGGGAUUUUUAAUAUUGCUAGUGAUACUGCCAUUGUGACCCAAGGAACUGAAGAUUUCAACUUCCUCAAUACUUCACUUCUCAAUAAUAAAGUUUCAGCGAAGGAACGCCCUUGCUACAAAUAUUUCUACGACCUUGACGCUUUAUGGAUUCACGCAAUCGGCAGCGAUCCUCCUCGCUCACCACGAAUGCACAACAUGGCCAAGGAUCAAAACUGGCCCGAUGUUCCCAACGCCCAUUCUGGCAUUCAUGACACACUUCAGCUAUAUUACGUUUUCGACGGAUUAAGAAGGAAGCUAACAAGCGACUCGACGGAAAAUGUUUUACGGAGAGCGCUGAGAAAAAAUCAAAAUCAUCAAUCAGCGCCAACGAAAAAAUGA